AUGUUGAUAGAGACCAAGAAACUGGAGCAGAAACUGGAGGACUUCGCCCCCAAGACAGUCUCGCCCACGUACCACAAGACGUGCUGCACUACGGGAGACUGGUUGAACAAGUGGUACCAGGAGCUGCGAAGAUCGGGAAUGGUUUAUAACAAGCGUAUCCGACUGGAAGCACGCGACGAGGACCACAAACUCCCAUCGAAGUUCGAUGCGAGGCCAAGAUGGCUGACCCCAGCGGGCAGGCCGUCAGGAAUCAAGAAGGGUACCUACACGGCCACCUACGGUCAUACCUGCGUGGGCUAUGACCACACCGCGGAUGCGGAGCGCGAGGCCGACACCAUUAAGGUGCUAGGAGACGCAUCGACAUGGAAGGCUAACGCGACAGCCCAAGGAACUCGGGAAAUGCAUGGCCGCGGGCAGCGAGGAAGAGGAGGAAGAAGCACAUCAUCGAGACGGAAAAGAGCAGAGACGAUGACCAAUUCAGACCUUGACAGCCCAAUCUGUCGAGGAUGCCUUAGUAUCCAUGACUGGACCGAUUGUUGGUACCUAUUCCCUGGCCAAAGAGCACAAGGGUGGGAAUCAAGCUAG